AUCAAUUGCCGGUCCGCUGUGAGAGCAUUUCUCGUACCGCUGCAUAGCGAGCCGAGGUAUUCUCGAGGGUUGGCUUGGCUCUCUCUUAUCGUCGUCACAGCUCCGAGAUCCAUCGUCCAUGGCUAGGCAUCCAAUUCAUCCUCACGCCGAACUCCUCGCUUGCCUCUUUGCUGGACCUCUGCUUAUCUCCUUCCUCUCUCCCGUCGCUCUCGCCAAAUCUUCUCCUCGCCCGAUCACUGAUAAUGAGAUCGGAGAUAAGAAGCAAACUUGUUAUGCGGAGAUCGAAAGCGGCUCGUGGGGUUGGAAGUGUAGGUCGUCGAUAAUCGAGAAGGAGAACUGUGCACUUCGAUGCCUUUCUUCCGUUUGCUAUCAACUGAUCUAUGAAAGCGAUCCGCUUGAAGAAGGAGAAAUUGACUUUGUACGGGGGCAGGAAUACAAGUUCUGCAUGCGCAAAGUUUCACUAGGAGAGAGCUUGGACGGAAUAAAGGGAUCCUUUGACUACUGGUAGACCCUGAAUUCAAUCAGUCCACCUGAUGUACGUUCUCUUAGUCGUGUUCAUUUGAUCACCUCGGAAUUAGUCAAUAGGUUAAUUGAAUUUAUGUUCAUUUUCUUUGUAGUUACCUGGUGUUUUAAGUUCUUGCUGCUUUUUUAGUAAUAGUGCAGGGUGCAAAGAAACUGCCUCGAUUUGAUGUAAAAUCCGAGCGACUUGUAAUAAGCCGCAUGAAUUAGUGCAUUGUUUAGUGUGUAUUAUUUUUCAACAAUUAAUAUUCAGUCGUCGUAGCUGUUGUUUUC